AUGUUUGUGCGUCUAUUUCCAAAAAUGCUCAUUGGGACGGCAUGCUCACGUCUUUCCGGCUCUGCACUCCCCUCAUUUAGGCUAGGUGCGCUAGCGAGUUGUGCCUUACCCAGCUUGGUCCGUCCGAAGAUGUCGGAAGUCGAGAAAGCGCAGACGGCUGUUCGUGAAAAGGACACGAUAUUUGGGAAGAUCAUUCGCAAGGAAAUCCCUGCGAAAAUAAUCUACGAAGAUGAUGAGGUUCUAGCUUUUCACGAUGUCUCCCCUCAAGCUCCGGUUCAUUUUCUGGUGAUACCCAAAAAGCCAAUCCAAAUGCUUCAGGAUGCUGAAGAUACGGUAAUCGAUCAAGCUCUUCUGGGGAAACUCAUGCUGACAGCUGCUAAGGUUGCUCGCGAUCUAGGACUCGAAAACGGCUAUCGAGUCGUGGUGAACAAUGGACGCGAUGGCUGUCAGAGUGUGUUCCACCUUCAUCUACACGUUCUUGGUGGACGCCAACUGGGAUGGCCUCCAGGAUAA